AUCUCUAAUGCGCACACAGCUGUUUUGUUUUCACCUAAACGUUUUGAUUGUAUUAUUUUCUGCUGUAAACUAAAAAAUGGUGAAUGAUAAAAAGCGUCGCUCGCGCUCCCGAGAACGGUUUCGGGAUGAGCGUAAUGUAGCCGGUACCGAUCGAGAUCGGGAACGUGAACGGGAGCGUGAAAGGCAGCGAGAUAGAGAUCGUCAAAGGGACCGCGAGCGCGACCAACGCGACAAGCAGUUGGAUAGAGAAAAAGAUAGAAGGCAAAGGCGCUCGCGCUCUAGGGAAGAUAGAACACAGAACGUACGCAGAACGGGACGUUCACCAGAGCGCCAACGGGCUGUACGUGAACGUUCAAGAGAGCGCGGUACACGCAAUGGCGAACCAGAAAAGAAGCCCAAAUUGGAUAUUAAGCCGGGAGUUAAAAUUGAGGACAAGCAGGACCAGAAGAACGUCGAUGUAAAGGUAAAGAAGGAGCCGUUGUCGCUGGAAGAGCUCCUGGACAAGAAGAAGAAGGAGGAAGAGGCACGAAGCAAACCAGUUUUCUUAACAAAGGAGCAGCGAGUAGCGGAUGCAAUCAAGCGACGCCAGGAAGAGGUGGAACGUAUGCGUGCUGCGCAAGAUGCGGUCAGAGAUCAGAUACACGCGCCUAAUACUAAAAUGGGCGGUGCUAUAGCCACAGCUUCAGCCACGCCAGCAGCAGGAAUGCCGCCACCUCCGAUUGCCAAGGUUGAGCGGCGUGGUGAGCGCAACGAACGUGGUGGCGAUCGUGGUGGAGAUCGUGGUGGCGAUCGUAAUGGCGACCGUGGAGGCGAUCGUAAUGGCGAACGUGGAGGCGACCGUGGAGGAGAACGUGAUAGGGAAGGAAAGCGUGCGGAGGAUUUGACACACAAGGACAAGGAGAAGGAGCUGGAGGCUAUACGCGAACGCUAUUUGGGCAUUAUAAAGAAAAAGAGACGCGUACGGCGUCUCAACGAUCGAAAAUUCGUAUUCGACUGGGAUGCUGGCGAGGAUACUUCCAUAGAUUACAACAACCUUUACAAAGAGCGACAUCAUGUGCAGUUCUUUGGACGCGGCAAUGUAGCUGGCAUAGAUAUUAAGGAACAGAAGCGCACGCAGAGUCAAUUCUAUGGCGAUUUAUUGGAGAAGCGUCGUACCGAAGCCGAGAAGGAGCAGGAGAAGGUGCGCCUCAAGAAAAUGAAGCGCAAAGAGGACAAACAAAAGUGGGACGAUCGGCACUGGUCUGAAAAGGACAACGAUGAGAUGACCGAACGCGAUUGGCGCAUCUUUCGAGAAGAUUACAAUAUUACCAUUAAAGGUGGCAAAAUACCCAAUCCCAUACGUAGUUGGAACGAGUCUGGCUUUCCGAAAGAGAUUAUUGAUAUCAUCGAUAGCGUGGGCUAUAAGGAGCCCACGCCUAUACAGCGCCAGGCCAUACCAAUCGGUCUGCAGAAUCGCGAUAUUAUAGGCGUGGCUGAGACAGGUUCCGGCAAGACUUUGGCUUUCCUUAUACCUCUGCUAUCCUGGAUUCAAUCUCUGCCUAAGAUUGAGCGUCUGGAAGAUGUAGAUCAGGGUCCAUAUGCUAUUAUAAUGGCGCCCACACGAGAAUUGGCGCAACAGAUUGAGGAGGAGACUAUUAAAUUUGGACAACCGUUGGGCAUACGCACCGUGGUUGUUGUGGGUGGUUUGUCCCGUGAGGAGCAGGGCUUCCGCCUGCGCUUGGGCUGUGAGAUUGUCAUUGCCACGCCGGGUCGUCUCAUUGAUGUGCUGGAGAAUCGGUAUCUGGUGUUGAACCAGUGCACAUACAUUGUGCUGGACGAGGCAGAUCGCAUGAUUGACAUGGGCUUUGAGCCAGAUGUACAGAAGAUUCUCGAAUAUAUGCCUGUGACCAAUCUUAAGCCGGACAGCGAGGAGGCCGAAGAUGAAAAGAAGCUUAUGGAGAAUUUCUACUCCAAGAAAAAGUACAGACAAACGGUGAUGUUUACAGCUACUAUGCCGCCGGCGGUGGAGCGCUUGGCACGCUCCUAUUUGCGUCGUCCGGCCACUGUUUACAUUGGCUCCGUUGGCAAACCUACGGAGCGCACAGAGCAAAUAGUCUACAUGAUGGGCGAGAAUGACAAACGCAAGAAACUCAUGCAGAUUCUCUCCGGUGGCAUUGAGCCGCCAGUUAUUAUCUUCGUCAACCAGAAGAAGGGUGCCGAUGUGCUGGCCAAGGGCUUGGAGAAGCUUGGCUACAAUUCCUGCACGUUGCACGGUGGCAAAGGCCAGGAGCAGCGUGAGUAUGCCUUGGCUGCGCUCAAGUCGGGUGCCAAGGAUAUUCUGGUGGCCACCGAUGUGGCGGGUCGUGGUAUUGAUAUCAAGGAUGUUUCGCUGGUUAUUAACUACGACAUGGCCAAGUCUAUUGAGGAUUAUACGCAUCGUAUUGGUCGCACAGGUCGUGCGGGCAAGAACGGUGUGGCCAUUUCGUUUGUCACCAAGGACGACAGCUGUCUGUUCUACGAUCUGAAGCAAUGUGUAACCGCAAGUCCGGUGUCCACCUGUCCGCCGGAGCUAAUGAAUCAUCCAGAGGCACAGCAUAAGCCGGGCACUGUGGUUACUAAGAAACGUCGCGAAGAGAAAAUAUUUGCUUAGAUUUAAGUACCUUCCAAUGCCAAUAAAUAAUUAUUUCGAAAAUUAUCACAAAA